CGAGACUGUAGAUAGGGAGACCGCGCGUGUACAUCGCUGCCCGCCAUUUUACAUUAUUGGGAAUCAAGCGGAGCCCUGCCGGGGAAUAAUUUACCCACCCCUGUACAUCAACACCAACCGACCCGAACAGACCAGCAAAACGUCGCCAGAUUUCUGGAGACAUGGCCACAGAACAUGUUAAUGGGAAUGGUACUGAAGAACCAAUGGACACGUCUGCUGCAGUUACCCAUUCUGAACACUUCAACACUUUAUUAGAAGCUGGUUUACCACAAAAAGUUGCUGAAAAGCUAGAUGAAAUUUACCUAGCAGGCCUCGUAGCGCACAGUGACCUGGAUGAGAGGGCCAUAGAAGCACUGAAAGAGUUCAAUGAGGAAGGCGCGCUACAAGUUCUUGUACAGUUCAAAGAGAGUGAUCUAUCCCAUGUGCAAAAUAAAAGUGCCUUUCUCUGUGGAGUGAUGAAGACCUACAGACAGAGAGAGAAACAGGGGAACAAAGUUAUAGAUACCACUAAAGGACCAGACGAGGCAAAAAUGAAAAUUUUGCUUGAUCGAACUGGCUACACGUUAGAUGUCACUACAGGUCAGCGCAAGUAUGGUGGUCCUCCGCCAGAAUCAGUCUACACGGGUGUUCAGCCAACAAUCGGAACGGAGAUCUUUGUUGGGAAGAUCCCAAGGGACUUGUUUGAGGAUGAGUUGGUGCCUCUGUUUGAGAAGGCAGGGCCCAUCUGGGACCUGCGUCUGAUGAUGGAUCCACUGAGCGGCUUGAACAGGGGUUAUGCCUUCCUUACUUUCUGCACUAAAGAAGCUGCACAGGAGGCUGUCAAGCUAUGUAACAAUCAUGAAAUUCGCCCCGGCAAACAUAUUGGCGUGUGUAUAUCUGUCGCAAACAACAGACUCUUUGUUGGUUCCAUUCCUAAGAGUAAGACAAAAGAACAGCUUGUUGAAGAGUUUUCCAAAGUCACAGAGGGGCUUACGGAUGUCAUCAUUUACCAUCAGCCGGAUGAUAAGAAAAAGAAUAGGGGCUUCUGUUUUAUAGAGUAUGAGGACCACAAAAUGGCAGCGCAGGCUCGCCGGAGGCUCAUGAGCGGGAAGGUGAAGGUCUGGGGGAAUGUGGUCACAGUUGAGUGGGCCGAUCCUAUAGAAGACCCUGACCCAGAGGUCAUGGCAAAGGUGAAAGUGUUGUUUGUCAGGAACCUGGCGAAUAGUGUAACAGAGGAAAUACUUGAAAAAACAUUCGGUCAGUUUGGCAAACUGGAGCGAGUGAAGAAGCUUAAAGACUAUGCCUUCAUUAACUUUGACGAAAGAGAUGGUGCGGUCAAGGCACUGGCGGAAAUGAAUGGUAAAGAUUUGGAAGGAGAGCACAUCGAGAUUGUGUUUGCUAAGCCACCCGACCAGAAACGAAAAGAGAGGAAGGCACAGCGUCACGCAGUCAAGACUCAAAUGUAUGAUGAUUACUACUACUAUGGCCCGCCUCAAAUGCCUCCUCCUGCCAGGGGCCGCGGCAGGGGUGCUAGUCGCGGGGGUUACUCGUACCCGCCAGACUACUACCCCUACGAAGAUUACUAUGAUUAUUAUGGCUACGAUUACCAUAACUACAGGGGUGGCUAUGAUGACCCGUACUUCGGCUACGAUGAUUUCCAGGCUCCUGCUCGAGGUCGAGGGGGGCACGGCGGGGCCAGAGGUGGACCGUCUCCCGUGCGGGGCAGAGGGGCCAGCAAUCCACGGGGCAGGGCGGGCUUCCCACAGCGCGGCGCAGGCGGUCCAGGAGUGAGCAGAGGCCCACGCGGAGGAGCCAGAGGCGGGGUUCUGUCGAGAGGGCGCGGGGUACGUGGUGCUCGGGGUGGACGCGGUGGAAAUGUAGGAGGCAAGCGCAAAGCCGAUGGCUACAACCAGCCAGAUUCCAAACGGCGCCAGACCAUUAAUCAGAACUGGGGCUCGCAACCUAUUGCACAGCAACCCUUGCAAGGUGGCGAUCAUUCUGCAGGGAAAAGGGGUCGAGGCUGGUCCUGACAUGUCCCAGUGAAGACUGACUAGCUCAGUGGGGCCAUACCAGGUGCUGCCAGUGGAUGUGAUGAUGGUAAGGUCUGUUUGAUGGUCCACCUCAGUUCCUGCCUUACAGAAGCAUCUCUUCUCCCUGUCUGCCUCCCAAGAUUGCCAUCGAUGCAAAGUUACGAUUAGACACAUUUGCACUCUGUGUGUGUUUGUUUUCUUUUUGUAUUUAAUUUUGCUUUAUAGAAAUGUUCCAGAACUCUUAUGCUGUGAGAGAAUAUACUUUUUCCAGUUACUUCUGGAGGUUGAGCGAGCCCUAAGGAAGUUAUCCUUAAUAUUAAAUGUAUAUUGCACUUUGUAGAUUUGUGGUUUGGACGAGCUUGAUGCUGUUGAAUAUUUUUGCGCUUUUUUUAAAAAAUUUUAUGGUAACUUAUCAUGGGAUGAACAAGUUAAGCUUGUAUCAAGUCUUGCAUUUUAUUUUUAGUUGUUUCAACCUGGCACAAUCAGUCAGGCAUUCCAGGUAAAAUGGUUGCUUUUGGAACCUUUUUUUUUUUUUUUUGUUCAGUUAAAUGCUUUAAUUUAGUUAUUUUUAAAGGGCGGUUAACUACCUCAUCGUGGAGGCUGAAACUGCUCUAUCUGUACUGUACAUUUGUAGACUUUUAAUGGAAGCAGGGCUUUUUAUACUCAACUUAUGCACAAGGGCAACAGCAGAGCCAAUGUACUUUUGUAAUAAUGUUGAACAGUCAGACUGCAUGUGAAUGACAGUCAUGAUGAGUCUAAAGAAGCCUUGCCUUCAUCCAGUCUGAGCUAAGCAAGCCACCUGCUUCUGAGGAUGUAGUUACUGGUUUGGAGGAUGUAAUGUUUUUAUAAAGGUUUGAACUUUAAGCUUGAGCCAUGUUUCUCCAAUCCCCUCCAAUUGAACCACACUUUUUAAUAACACGCAGUCCAUGCUGAUGGCUGCUUGACCCGAUUGAAACCAACAUUGCCCCAUUUGUAAACCGUCACCUUAACAUGCACGAUUUGCUGCCGUUUGUAAAGGUAAGUUCAGAGAUUUGACCAUGCACAUCAGUGAGACUUGUGUUCUCUCAGACAACCAAUCAAGUUUCAGAUAUAAGAGAACUGAAAUGCCAAGUGCUUCCUUGUUCUUCUCAGGCGGUAAAGGUGGAGAUCAGGUUUAAUAUUGUUUUUGCUCCAUCUGUGGCACUGGUCAUGAAUCAGGCUGGAUUGGAUGGCAAGAGUUGUACAGUUUUUGCCAUUAUUCAGUCUGUAAUGAGAGCUGUGCUCUGAAAGGAAGGACAGGGAUUGUGAUGUAAUUUAACUGGGCAUGCCAUAGCUGCCUUUUCAUCACAUUUACUGUGAUGGGUUAAGAUGCAUCAUUUUGGUCAUGUUAUCUGUAACUUUUUAUUCUGUCUCUUACUCAUAUAGGGUUUAUACCUUUCUAAAGGGAUUCUGCCAAUUUGUUUCCAUUUUCUUUUUUUAUCUUUGACAAUAUUGACUGGAUUUUGAACAUGACUGACUCCACCAUUAGUUCUGUAUCACAGUCAAACCAUUUUAAUGAACAUUUAUGUUUGUUUUAAAUAAAUUACUGGUGCAUAAGUGUUUUUGCAUUCCUGCAAAUAAAUUUUGUAAAAGUU